AUGCAUUAAUAAAAAGCAUAAAUCAUUUCUAAAGACCCAAACUUGAAGGAUGCAGAGAAUAAUCAAAAAAAACCAAAUUUUAUUUUAUAUGAAUAAUUCUAAGAAGAUUAUAAUAAUCAAACCCUAUAGGAAAUAACAGUUGUUUUAAAAGAUUGUUUGGAUAAAUUAAAGAAAUAUCCCUUAUUGAAAAAUGUAGAUCAUAGACCAUUAGAAAAAGAUAAGAAAGACGAAUUUAAUAAAAAUGUAGAUGAUUUAUAAAUAAAAGUUAAUUCUAUUAAGGAGAUUCUUUAGGAAAUAGAAUAAUUUCCUCCAAAAUAUGAAAACAUAUAUUAAAAUUAAAUACAAUUACAAAUACCAGAAAGUACAAAAAAAUAAUAAGAUGCGCAAAAUUAAGUAAUUGUUUAGCAAAAUAUAACACCAAUUCCUAUAAGCAGUACUUUUUUAACAGAUAAUGAAAAUUAGGAAUAGAAAGUUAAGAAUACAUAGGAUCAAUAGAUUUAAACUGAAACAAUUUAAUGCAUUAUAGAUCACUAAUAAGUAUUGACAUACUUGCUAUAAUAAAAUGUAAAAAGAAAUAUAAAUAUUUUUCCUCAAUGUUUUUGCAAUGAAAGAAUUAAAAAAACACAUUUACUAAGUUUAGAGAAUAGAAACUUGUUUGAUUAGCUUCUAUCCUAAUAAGUAGAAAAUAUUUUAGAAAAUUAAAUAAAAAUCUAAAAUAAAUAGGUGUUUAAGUGCAAUAAUAGUUUUUGUACAUUUAAGUGCUUUGCAGAAAAAAAUGUUGAUAAAGAUAAAAAAUUUUAUUGUACUCUUUGUGAUGAAUAAUCUGUUCAAUUGAUAAAAACAUAUACAUUAAAAAAAAAUUUGAAUUUCUAUUGA